AAUAAAGCAGUUAAUACAUUUGUGACAUCUUAAAAAUGAAUGAUGAAGUUAACUGUAGGCAGGAAAGGAAAGCCAAGCCUGCAGUGUUCACCAUCCAAGAUGGCUGCGGGUGAGAGCAACAGCCAAUCCUCCUGUUUAAACUUGUCUAAUGCGGGGCCAUUGGGCAAUGCACCACCGAGCAACGGCGCUCAUUCUGCGCCCGCGAGCAACGGGGAAGCAGCGGGCGCAAACGGGAGGAUGAACCGGAACGCGGGGAAUUCGAACCCCCAAUCGUGCCCGGAGAGUGUCGGAGGCGCCGAGUCUGCGUUGAGAAGUACGCCGGGCACGAGGAACCCUUCCCGGCAGUCGGUCGGCCAGAGUGCCGGUGCGUCUGCUAGCGGAGCGACUUCAGGCGCUGCGUCAAACAUGACGUCAUCAUCCUCCUCAUCCUCCACCUCUACCGCAUCGUCCGCCGCCGUCGCCGCCUCGCUUCCCAGCAGCCCGGCUUCGGUUUUGGUUUACCGAGAGCCGGUCUACAAUUGGCAAGCGACAAAAAGUACAGUGAAAGAAAGGUUUGCAUUUUUGUUUAACAACGAAGUGCUAAGUGACGUCCAUUUUUUGGUUGGGAAGGGAAUGGGAGUGCAGCGCAUUCCAGCGCACAGAUUUGCUCUCGCUGUGGGAAGUGCCGUGUUUGAUGCCAUGUUCAACGGUGGCAUGGCCACAACGUCGACUGAAAUUGAACUGCCAGAUGUGGAACCAGCUGCAUUUUUAGCCCUUCUCAAAUUUCUAUACUCGGAUGAAGUGCAAAUUGGACCUGAGACCGUUAUGACCACACUAUACACGGCUAAAAAGUAUGCAGUACCUGCGCUUGAGGCCCACUGUGUCGAAUUCUUGAAGAAAAACCUACGUGCUGACAAUGCGUUUAUGUUGCUUACUCAGGCACGGCUUUUUGACGAGCCCCAGCUGGCCAGUCUCUGCUUAGAAAAUAUCGACAAGAACACUGUUGAUGCACUGGCUGCAGAGGGCUUCACAGAUAUCGACCUUGACACCCUCAUGGCAGUCUUGGAGAGAGAUACGCUGGGUGUACGGGAGGUGUGUCUCUUUGGGGCGGCAGUUCGUUGGGCAGAAGCUGAGGCUCAAAGGCAACAGUUGCAGCCCACCCCAGAGAACAAGCGCAGAGUGUUGGGCAAAGCUCUUUCUCUUAUCCGCUUCCCGCUCAUGACCAUUGAGGAGUUUGCAGCAGGACCGGCUCAGUCUGGUAUACUCGCAGAUCGAGAAGUGGUCAGUUUGUUCCUGCAUUUUACAGUCAAUCCCAAACCUCAUGUGGAGUUUAUUGACCGGCCCCGCUGUUGCCUCCGGGGGAAGGAGUGCAGCAUCACACGUUUCAGUCAAGUGGAGAGCCGCUGGGGCUACAGUGGAACCAGUGAUCGCAUCCGGUUUUCUGUAAACCGCCGAAUAUUUGUGGUGGGAUUUGGGCUCUAUGGGUCUAUACAUGGUCCAACUGACUAUCAGGUCAACAUUCAGAUCAUACAUACAGAUAGCAACACUGUUCUGGGUCAGAAUGAUACAGGCUUUAGCUGUGAUGGAACAGCCAGUACUUUCCGUGUCAUGUUCAAGGAGCCUGUGGAAAUUCUUCCCAGCGUCAACUACAUUGCCUGCACCACACUCAAGGGACCAGACUCUCAUUAUGGAACAAAGGGGAUGCGCAAAGUCACCCAUGAAGCCCCUACCACUGGCACCAAGACCUGCUUUACAUUCUGCUACGCUGCAGGCAACAACAACGGCACUUCCGUAGAGGAUGGACAAAUCCCAGAGGUCAUCUUUUACACAUAAUGACCAAGCAAAAUCAUCUCACAAUUAAGGACUUGUGCAAUGCAUUUUGUGGCCAAUUAACUGGUCUCCCAGUAGACCGGCGACCAUAUACUGAUCUCUCAUUUCUAAAGGCUUUCAUUCCUGUAAUAAGAUUUGAGCAUGAGAAUUCAGUUCUUUCAAAGUGUUCUUAGGGUAAAGAUUUUGUUUCUACCCAAGUAGCACCUCGUAGUACAACCUUGAUGUUAUGACCAGCCAGUGUCAUUGGUAGUUAAUGAACAAGUAGAGAAACUCAAAGUCAUUGCAAUGAUCUACUACAGGUACGGAUCAGUAACUCUAGAGUACUCUGGUGAGGUCCACCUUCUUUCAUUUUCGUUUAUUUGAAUGUUGAAAACUGAUGUUUGAUUGGUCCCGCCUUUGACCCUUGAUUGUUAAAUGAUCAUCAGUCUUUCAACCCGCACUGAUGCACUUCCAACCCAGGAGCAAGUUCUCCAAGCAAUUCUUGGGAAAUACACUACACCCAUACAAGUAUGACCAACUGUCAUGUCAUUGUAAAAUGGACUAUUAUGUACCUGUUAUGAGUGGCCUGCAACACUUGAUAAAGGUGAAACUCUAUUUCUUUUAAGACAAUGUGAUCAUUAGACGUUUAUAAGUUAUUUUACCAUAGUUGCCCUUCUUAAUGGAACUUAACCACAAUAGCGCUUGUAUUAAAAAUGCCACUAUGUAUAAAAGCUCUAAGGUAUUGACUGCAGUGAAAUACUGAACACGUUUCAAUUACAGACUGAGAAUAUUCUUUUCAUGAGAAGUUGAUCAAAGGAAGGGGAAUAGGGAACAGCUUCAUGAAUGUACCAAUGCUUACCUUGUAAGCGUGUAAAUAUAUCCUUGUCAUGUUUCUGUUUAAUUAAAAGUCUUCACCUGUU